CACAUUAUGAUCAACAGAAAAGAAAGCCUCAACGUUCUUUACAUUCUUCUUUAAAUAAUUCUGUUCCAACAUCAUUUAUCACUUCCCCAACCUCUGACCACGAAAGGCGUGUAAUAGAAGAUCUUCCAAUAAUUAACGAUUCAUCUUUUAACAAUAUUAUUUAUAAUAAUGAUACAUUCAAUCAUGAUAACUCAUCACAAAAUUUAGGAAAAUCUAAUUCCAAGUAUUUUAACAGCAACAACGAUAACAUGAAUUAUGAAAUUUCUCAACCUGUUGUUAUUACUUCAUCUGCUUAUUCUAAAGUUCCUAAUCAUAGAGUUCAACAUUCUCAUGGCUCAGAUAUUACUUUUAAUAAAUCAUAUGUUAAUACACACCAUGAUCAACAGAACAAAAAGCCUCAACGUUCUUUACAUUCUUCUUUAAAUACUUCUGUUCCAACAUCAUUUAUCACUUCCCCAACCUCUGACCACGAAAGGCGUGUAAUAGAAGAUCCUCCAAUAAUUAAUUAUUCCAAUAAUGAUGAUAACGAUUCAUCUUUUAACAAUAUUAUUAAUCAUGAUAACUCAUCACAAAAUUUAGGAAAAUCUAUACAUAGUCAUAGAGUUCAAUACUCUCAUAGUUCAGAUAUUACUUUUGAUAAAUCAUAUGAUAAACAACUACAACAAACAUCACAACCAAUACAGCCAAUACAAUCACCACAAUCACAACAAUCAUCACAAAAUACAAGCAGUGGUUUAUUAAAUAACAAUAAAUCUGUCUGUACAGAGGAUCUACAAAAUCAUUCUAAAGAAUUUUUUACAAAUUUAGACACUUUCUCAAAUUCUAAUACAGUUGGCCACACCAACGAAAGCAAUCAUAGUAAUAAUAAUGAUGAUGGUGAUAUUUUACUAACUAAUGAGUUAUCUAUUAGGCCGAGAAUAAGAAAUUUUGUUCCCUGUAUAUUAUUUAGAGACAAUGACGUUCCUGGUUCAAAAGUUCAUUCACCAUCUUCUAACAGUACACCUAAAUCUAUCUAUAAUUAUAAUAUACGACAGAAUAACAAUAGUGACAAUAAUAGUACAGUAGUUUAUCAAAGUUUUUCAAAUGAUAAUUACACUCAACAAAAUAAUGAUAUAAAUGCGAAUUAUGUUAAUAAUUUUAAUUAUCAAUAUCACUCUCAAAAAGCAUCAUCAUCAUCGUCUAUACCUGUUAAUAAUCAAGAAUUUCAAUAUCAUCAUCAACAGCAACAAAACGGAGUUUCAGGUUCGCCCGACAAUCAAAAAAUUCGGGAUGAACCAAAUAAUGAAGUAGUUGAUCAAUUAAAUGAACUUAACAUCACUAAUAAUGAUGGUGAAGAUACUGCCGCCACAAUUAUAUCUAAUAAUAAUAUUAAAUCUUAUAAUUCAUCUGAAUAUUAUGAAAAUCAAUCUCAAAACUUAUGCCACCUAUCUCAUACUAACAAUCAAAUAGAUAAUUCACAACUAUCUGGAACCAAUAAUAAUAAUAUUUACAAUCCAAUAUUACAACAAUUAUUAGGAGGAUAUAAUAGUAAACCUUAUUUUGAUACAAAUAACAAAAUGAGUCCAAUUAUUGAUAAUUAUAAUAAACCAAUGAAAAAUAAUUAUUAUAAUGUUAACAACAACAACAACAACAACAAUAAUGCACAUAUAAACUAUACAAAUAACUCAAAUAUUACAGUUGACGCAAAACACAGAAGACCAUCCAUUCCAGCCCCAAUAACAACAAGCAAAAGAUUUUCAAAUACAUUCAAAAAAUCUAAAAAACAACAUCCAAAGUAUCAGGAAGCAACUUUAAGUUUACAAAAUAGUCAAUACCAGUCUGCUAUUAGAUUAUACUCAGAAAUAUUGACCCAAAUUCCCAAUAGUUAUUCAUUGAAGUGUGAUAGAGCAUUUGCUUAUCUAAAUAUUGAUGAAUUUGCACUUGCACUUUGUGAUUUGGAUGAUGCAUUAGUAAUGAAACCAAAGAAAUCUCGUGCUUGGGAAAUUCGUGAAGAAGUUUUUCGUCUACAAAUUCAAUAUGAAGACGUUUUAGCUGAUCAGAAUAACUGCCUCAGGAUCCAACCAAAUAAUACUUCACAAAUGCAUAAAUAUGAAAUGGAAUUACAAGAUUUGAGUGAUAGCGGUAGAAUUCCAACUUUAAAAGGCAACCUAAAGAAAAAAGAAUGUAUAAUUUGUGUUGAAGAACGACCUCCUAAAUCAUUUGUGAUAAUUUCAAAUAAUUGUAAUCAUAAUGCAAACAUAUGUGAUGAGUGUGUUAAUAAAUACAUUGAAGGUAAUUUAAAUGAUAAAGGUGAUAUAAAUAUCAGGUGUCCUUUUAUAGGAUGUGGUGUAAUUUUAGAUAAUUACGAAAUAAAAAAUCUUGUUAAUGAUAAUUUAUAUCAAAGAUAUGACGAAUUAGCAUUACGUAAAGCACUCCAACAGAUGCCAGAUAUUAGAUGGUGUAAAAAUCCUAAAUGCAAAUCAGCUCAAUCUCAUGUAGGAAGUGAAUCUGAGCCAAUAUUAACAUGCAGUGAUUGUGGAACUAAAAGUUGCUUCACACAUGAUUCAUUAUGGCAUGAAGGAUUAACUUGCCAACAAUAUGAUAAAAUCGACAAAAUUAGAAAUAAGGCUACUCAAAAAUAUUUAGCAAAACAUACCAAACCUUGUCCCAAAUGUGGAGUAAGAAUUUCAAAGAAUGAGGGAUGUGAUCAUAUGACAUGCAAAGUUCCUGAAUGCAAAUAUGAAUUUUAUUAUGAGAGUAUUCUUAAUUAUGGAAAUCAUUAUCAUAAAAAAACUUGUACUUAUUAUAGUGCUUAUGAAGAGUUGUAA